GGUGCAUUUGUCUACGGUGCAAUGAGUUUUACAGAUAAGCUGUCAAAUGGUGUUGCUAUUAUCCUUAUACAAGAUUUUCAUCCAUGUGUCACAUGCUGUGUAGAAUGUAAAUGGUACUACCAGUACAUCAUGGUCUUCGUUCCAGGUGGUUUUGCUGUAUUUGCUCUCAUCAUUCUGGCUAUUCUGGCACCACAAAAAAUUGGAAAAAGAAGAAGAGAUACACAUCUCAACAAUGUUGCUGGUUCUGAGUCCACAAAUGAAGACAAAAAUCAUUCCGAACAUACAUCAUUAUUAUCAGAUGAAAUAAUUGAGACUCAUGGGUCCAUCAACACAUGAUUUGAUGUGCAAUAUUAUUGCUAAAAAUAUACACUCUAAUAACAUUUACAUAGUACUGACAAAAAUAUGCAUUUCACUUGCACACCAAAUACUCUCAUUUCAGAUUACAGUAAAUACUUUAUUUUAGCUGGAAUAAAUUUUUCGCUUUUUGGCUGUAUUUACACAAAAUAGCAGUUAAAACAGACCAAUCAAUAUAACUGUGAUUUUGACAUUAUCACUGAUAGAUAUAAUUAAAAAAUGACCUUGGCAUCAUCCAAUCAAAAAUCAGCCUUGUGCAUAGAUUGCAGUAUGCAAGAACAAUCUAAUAAACUAAAACCUUUCAUUUGAAUCCACUAUAUACAUCUGUAUAUAUUUACAAAGAUUUCCAGUUCGCAACGUCCAUGGCUAAUCUGAAAUGAUUGUAUAUGUAGUAAUAUAAAAAAAUGCAGUCCAUAUUAUGUUUAUGUAGAUUUUUAAGCAGCUGGGUUUUGAAUUAAAGAAUAGAGAGUA